UCCACGAAGAAGCUGGCUCUGCGCUGCCGGGAGCAGAAGCAGGCUGAGGGUCCGUUGGCCAAAACCAAUCUGGGCACGCUACCCUCCCGCAGCUUCCAAUAACCGCUGACAUCCCUACCGGGCAUUGAGCCUGGGCAGGGCGGGGGUGGGGUGGGGUGGUCUGCUCGGAAAUCGUCCUGGCCAACUCUAUCCUCCUAGCUGUAGCGGAUUAUGGCAUCCCCUUUUCCCCCUAGCGCAAGAAAUUGAGCCCGGAAAAGGAAAGAGGGGGCGGGUGACCCCCAAAGAAUAAAUAAACACUGGCUGUUCGCCGCAGCUGGACGCGGGUCGGUUCAGUCCAGGUUGGGUCGGAACUGAACCCCUAAAAGCGGGUCCGCCUCCCGCCCUCGCGCCCGCCCGGAGCUGAGUUGCUGGAGGCGGUGGGCGGCAGAGCAACGGGGAGUUUCCUCUCACCCUGGAUGGAGCUGAACUUUGAGUGGCCAGAGAAGCGCGGUCGCCCGGGGAUCGCUGCACGCUGAGCUCUCCCCUCGAGACCCAGCGGCGGCGGCUUUGGAUUUUGGGGGGCGGGGACCAGCUUCGCGCCGGCACCAUGUUUCUGGCCACUCUGUACUUCGCGCUGCCACUCCUGGAUUUGCUGCUGUCGGCCGAGGUGAGUGGUGGGGACCGCCUGGACUGCGUAAAAGCCAGCGAUCAGUGCCUGAAGGAACAGACCUGCAGCACCAAGUACCGCACGCUAAGGCAGUGUGUGGCGGGCAAGGAGACCAACUUCAGCCUGGCAUCCGGUCUGGAGGCCAAAGAUGAGUGUCGCAACGCCAUGGAGGCCCUGAAGCAAAAGUCUCUCUACAACUGCCGCUGCAAGCGGGGCAUGAAGAAAGAGAAAAACUGCCUGCGUAUCUACUGGAGCAUGUACCAGAGUCUGCAGGGAAAUGAUCUCCUGGAAGAUUCCCCAUAUGAGCCGGUUAACAGCAGGUUGUCAGAUAUAUUCCGGGCAGUCCCGUUCAUAUCAGAUGUCUUCCAGCAAGUGGAGCACAUUUCCAAAGGGAACAACUGCCUGGAUGCCGCCAAGGCCUGCAACCUGGACGACACCUGCAAGAAGUACAGGUCUGCCUACAUCACGCCGUGCACCACCAGCAUGUCCAACGAAGUCUGCAAUCGCCGCAAGUGCCACAAGGCCCUCAGGCAGUUCUUCGACAAGGUCCCGGCCAAGCACAGCUACGGGAUGCUCUUCUGUUCCUGCAGGGACAUCGCCUGCACGGAGCGGCGGCGACAGACCAUCGUCCCCGUGUGCUCCUACGAAGAACGGGACAAGCCCAACUGCCUGAACCUGCAGGACUCCUGCAAGACAAACUACAUCUGCAGGUCGCGCCUUGCGGACUUUUUUACCAACUGCCAGCCCGAGUCAAGGUCCGCCAGCAGCUGUCUAAAGGAGAACUAUGCUGACUGCCUCCUGGCCUAUUCUGGACUGAUUGGCACGGUCAUGACCCCCAACUACAUAGACUCCAGCAGCCUCAGUGUGGCCCCCUGGUGUGACUGCAGCAACAGCGGCAACGACCUGGAAGAGUGCUUGAAGUUCCUGAAUUUUUUUAAGGACAAUACGUGUCUCAAAAAUGCAAUUCAGGCCUUCGGCAAUGGCUCAGACGUGACCAUGUGGCAGCCAGCCCUCCCAGUACAGACCACCACUGCCCCCACCACCACUGCCUUCCGGGUCAAGAACAAGCCACCAGGGCCCGCAGGGUCUGAAAACGAAAUCCCCACACACGUUCUGCCACCUUGUGCAAAUCUUCAGGCACAGAAGCUGAAAUCCAAUGUGUCGGGCAGUACACAUCUGUGUCUUAGUGAUCCUGAUUACGAAACGGAUGGUCUCGCUGGUGCCUCCAGCCGCAUAAACAAAAAUUCUAUGUCUGCUGCUCCCAGUUGCAGUCUGAGCUCACUGCCGGCUCUGGUGGUCACCACUGUAGCCACCCUGUUAUCUGUAGCCUUGGCAGAAACAUUGUAGCUGCGUUCAGAAAAGAUGGAAAGACAAGGGAGAGAAAAGAACAAACAAAACCAAGCCACCAGUUUCCUGUCCUCUUGUAUAUCUGAAAAUCCAGUUUUAAAAGCUCUGCUGAGAAACCGUUUCAUCCAACUGGAACUCUUUUGUUGUUUUUAAGGAAGCUUCUCGUGACCCCCAGGGGCUUCUGUGGAAGAACCACUACAGGGCUGACGCCAGCCAGACUCAGAAGGCUCCGCGGCAUGGUGUGGGUUAAGGGGACCAUUUGUAAACUGAAUGUAAAGCAAUCUUGAGGCUGUGUUUUUGAUGGUGAUGGUUAUGGUGGUGAGGAUGAUGGUGGUGAUGAUGGUGGUGAUAGUUUUAACAGCUUAAAGUCUGUUCUCUCUACUGGCUAGAACAGGAGAUGCUAUUGACAAACAUUCUUCCCUGUCUUAUUUAAUAGCUUUGAACUGUAUUAACAUGACUGCGCCCUGAUAAUGAUGACAAAUGAAGGUUGGCCUCACGAGUGGACUUUUUGGACUCCUUCCUGUACUAAAAAUGUCCACCUCUCUAUGUACAUUCUGUACACAGUGUUUAUGUACCUACCGACAAUUACCUACCGACAAUUCUGUGACCCUCAACAAAACAAAAAACCCGGUCACAUCCAAAUGGAGAACCUGUCAUUCAACCCAGUAGAGGAGAGGCGGCCGCAGGCCUCACACAGUGCCGGGAUUGCUGACUGACCCUCUCCUGAGCCUUGCCUGAGUGAGAAGCCCUCUAACAGGAGCCGGCUACGGCUGAAGUGCAACUCUUAAUGCUUUUUACACCUACGACGUCACACGUAGAAAAGGUGUUGCUUUAUUAUUCAGUGAUUCCAACUAUUGGCUUUCUACGUUUUAAAAGUAACGAUACGUCCUUGUUUUUUACUGAUGGUUUAAUACAGACACAUGCAGCGUGUUUUCCUCUCACGGUUAGUGCCGGCCCCAAUAUUAACUUCACUGGUAACAGCUCCCGGAGCAGACCCCCAGGAGCCCCCAUGCUUUAGCUGAGACUGCAUCACAUUACUGUGGACAGGCAGGAGAAAACAGCAGCCAGCUCCUGUCUAUCCAGCUGGAAAAGCAAGGCUGCGGACACGGAAGGGACAUGGCCACCGUUUAGAGCAGUUGGUUUUAGAGUCACCAGGCAUCUGCUCUAUCUACCCCUAUGACCUUUAUCACAGACUGUGCCCCUGCAGAAAGGAAUGGUGGUUUGUGGAUCUUGAGGGCUAACAUGGGGUCUGGAAAGGUGAAUUGGUUGUCAAAAACACACAGAGCAGGAUCGGACUGUCUUGAUGGGACAUGUGGCUUACACAGCCACACACCUCCUCCUGAGUCCUCUUCCUCGCCUGAGCAGACCCUUGGGUGUGUAUCUAAGCCCUGCUUUAGAUGGUCAGGUCCAGAAUCUUCAGCUGAUUGCUUACUGGCAACUGUCUUUUCCUCAAAAGUGAAUAAAGGAAAGAAAUUCUUCCUCCAUGGAGCCCUGGGAGUGUGAUCUUGCUUCCCACCCUCAGAGAGACAGAGGCGGGAGCCCUGGGGCACACAUACCUGCCCCUGCUCUCUGAGAUUGGCCUUGGGUGAUAACAGUUCACCUGGGAGAGGGGGAAGAAGUCUGUGAAAGUCAAGAGAUGAACCUGGUUUUCAGCUCUUUUGGUGUCUGGGUACAUUUAUAUCCAAAUGCUAAUGAAUACCAGUGUAAAAUACUCAGUAGCAGCAUUUUUUUAUGUCGAAAUGUUUCAUGGGAAAUGCUUCCAGCAUCCACGUUUGCCUGAUGAGUGGGAAGUUCCAUGAAGACUCAUAACGUACAGCGAAUAAACACCUUGAGUGUCUCAAAGCCGUUAGGAUGCCAGUCAUGUGGGAGCGUAUCUCUUACAGAGCAUAUUUGGUUUUAAUUAAGGUAUCUCCAUGUAUCUACACUGGACUAAUCGCGUGUGGGUCUGACUGGGUGGGAUCCACCUUAGGAAGCUAUCGAUUAGCCCUGCAGUCUGCUGCAGCCCUAAUUAGCUUCAGAGGACCACAGAGGAAACAGGAGUCCUAUGCUAACAAGGGCAGCCUUCAACCAAGAACUCAUAGUUAUGCAACAUGCAAAUCAAACUUGGAAAAGCUCUUGCCAACAAAAAUCUGGUUUUCUUUCAGAAAUGAAAACAUAGGAGUGCUACCAAAUCCUCAGUUUGAAAGCAAGUAGCUGAGGAGAUAAACAGUGGGUGGGGCCUCGUUUAGGGACCUCGCAGUGGGGAGACUUAGAAAACCAGCUCAAGUUAGCCAGCUUGUCAUGGCGAUCUCGACUUGACUGUGAAGUUGACAGAUUUGUCUGGAGAGUGGAGCAGGAAACGCGGCAGUCUUCUCACCUGACCCUCCUAGAGCCCUGAUGAGCAGUUUGCCACUUUGUAACCCUCUGCUCUCCCUUCUUCCAGACUCAGGUUUGGUCUGCUGGGCUUGAUUCCUUGCAGAAAGUUCCUCACGGAAGGAAGUUGACUUUGCUAGCAUAGCAGACAGGUGUGUCCAGAGUGAUUCAGAACCUAGCCUGCCCUACUUCUUCAGAGAAAGAAGGCGACAGAGCCUCACUGAGUAGAAGCACAGUCGUUCAGCCCGACCUUGAAUGUCCUAGAGCAGAUAGCCUUUGUGAGUUUGUCAGAGAGCACAGGAGAGGAGAUGCGCGCAGCAGGGAGGGGAUUCGGCAUGGAACGCCGCCUUUUUCCACAUCUGAUUUUUUUUAAACCUCUAAUAGAAAAAAAGUAGACAAUGCACAUUGCGAAGGGUUAUUUUUCAUCGAGUAAAGCGAAUUGUAUCUAGGUGUGAUUGGAAGGUAGUUUCUAUUUUGUUUGGAAGGCAAUUCCAUGUCUUGUAGUUAAGCAGAAAUGUCUAAAGUUACAGCUUUAAGUUCAUCCCAAUACAGCACAGGAACUCUCCAGAGUCCUCAGUUUAAUCCUUGUCUGUAAGUCAGACAUUCCCAAACAUCCCAUCUGCUGAGUCAGAGACAAGAGAGGGUGAAAGUGUGUUUGAAUCAAUGUUUAGUUAGGAGAAGAGACAUAAAAGCAGUGGGGUUUAUAUAAUUAGCAGUUAUUUUCUUAGAUUCCAACAUAAACGUACUUCAGUUAUUACUUACAAAAUAGUGGACUCAGAGGAGCUAUCGUUGGGAAAUGUGUUUUUAUUCACAUAGCCAGACAUGCACGACUUUCCUGAUCCAUGUGGACCAGAGGAAGGUUGCUUAAGUAAGCUCUUGUUCUGCCUUUUGAAUGCCGCUCUGGUCUCCGUGAGUCACCUCCCUGCAGUCUCUGCUGGUGUUGCUUGUGCUCUUUGCCUGAGCGAAUGAGACCAUGGGAGACUUAUCUUUGUAAGAAAAACCGCGGCAACAGAUGGCAGUGAAUUACCAUGGCCUGGGCACUGUGGCACCAGGUGGCCCAUCUUCCCUGAGCCAACAGGGGUUGGAGAGAUGAAGUGAAAUCAAGGUGCAACAAGCUGCCAAGACAGCCAGUGGGCUGUUGACUUUGCUGAUGCCCCUCUCUGGGGCUGUGUUCUUCUGAUAAUACAGCGGUGUCCUGAGAGAGUCGGGAGGUCUUUGGAAAGGAAGGCAUACAAGAUGGUGACGAGGGAGGACUUUGCUUUUAGAAACCCUCGAGUCUAGGCAUGUGGCUGGGUAACCCUAAGAGCUGUGUUUCUCACCCUGAGCAAGGAAUCUCAUGUCUUUAUCUGACAUGAUGCAGCUUGACUUUGAUGCAGCUUUUCUUACUGGGCAGGUUUAAGUCUUUUCUAGAAUUCUUCACGAAGAACCGUUACUUAGGAAUGAUAGUCUGGCUGCAGAGGCCUUACUCCCAUGGGCUCCUCCUGUGCCUCUGUAUGCACUCUGUAGGAUGUGCAUUUCCCAGGGAGAGAGAUGUCUUACACUGUGGUUGGUUUGGUCACGGUCCUGUUGAUUGGUGACGCCGCUGCAUUUCCCUUUUCUUUUAUUGCCUGAGUCUCUUCUAACGUAAUCUUCACCCCAGUCACUCUGAAUUCAAUGCUGCCAAUGUCCAGCCACGUCCCAUCAGAUGCUCAUCUUGUGGAAGGAAGCCUGUCUGGAGCCAGGUGAUGAAGCAUCAAAUCAGGAAUGCCAGCCCCUCCCCCUCUCUUGAGAGCCCUCUUCACUUGUGGUACCCUGCCCCCAAGCCCUCAUGGGAAUCCCUUUGCUAUCUGGGGGGCUCCCUGAUAGUCCCAGAGGCUCUCAGAGUGACUCUUCAUCUGAAUGUGCCACCUGCAUUUCUGAUGAGUUCUGAGCCCCAGCCCAGAGGGUUGGGGAAGGCUCACAAACCCAAUUGCAGUAAGCUGCCUGCAGACUGCUCCAGCCUGCUGCUAGUCAUCAAGGCCUCCGAGGCCCUGAAGGUCUGUCUCCAAGCUCAUUUGACCAACGCAGCUGUGACUUCGGCUGUCUGCCGCUGGCAGGUGCCAGUAUCAACAUCUUGUCCCACUGCCAUGAGGAGGAUUUCAUUUCCACUGCAGGGCAGCUGCCAAGCCCAGCACCAGCACCAACAGAAAGAAUUCUCUGGGUUUUCUCUCUUUAACACACUCUGAAACCUUCUUAUUAGUCUCCACUUUGAUCUUAUAGGGGAUGCCAGGAGACAUAACACUGCUCCCGGCUUAAUGCCCUCCCUCAUAGGUCCAGCCUAUAACAAGUACUUUUAAAAUGCUGGUUGCCUGAAAAUCAUGGGACACCAAAGGGCUUCAUUCUGCCCCAUGGCAGCAAGAACUGUCCAGGCACAUAGCUGUGCUGACCUUGACUGGCACUUAGCAGUGGACUGGGAUGCUCCUGGGUCUAGGAAGAUGCUCAGCUCACCGUGUUUCCUGCCAAGAACUGAGACUUGAGCAGUCGUCCUUAGAGGAAGUGGGCAUGACCAACUAAUCCCAGCAGAUCUACAUCUGCCCGGCCAAUGAGCCUGUGGAGAUUUUCAUCUCCAUUAAACAAUGGUGCCAGACCCUUCCAGCCACCGCAGGGGGAUAGCCUUUCCAUACCCCAUCCCAGGAAGGAAGGGCCAACAUUUAUCCACUUAGCACACAUGGUAGGCAGGUUCUGACGCUGGCUGGACCACCCUUUGGCACAGCAGCUUCCCCACAAAGAACUGGGACAUCUUAGGUUCCUUGGCGUUCCCAGGGGGAACACCUAUUCCUGUUUACCUGCUGAUUGGUGCAAUGCUUUGGGCACUCUAUAAUAGGUAGGCUAUGGUUCUUGUGUCUCAGUUUCUAUCUGGACAGACCAAAGCAGCUGCUGUGAGGGGGGGAGGCAGACAGUGUCCCUGAAAGAACCCAGGCCUCAGAUGGCCAGGAGCAUAGCAUCAACGGGGAUGUCAUAUUGGUCGAGAGCUUGUCACAAGCACGACAGUGGGGGACACGGGAGUGGCUUUGAGGAUAGCAAAAAACAGGACUCGUUUUGAAAUAGUUUUAGCGUACAAAACAAUGGGUUUCAUGAUUCUGUUUUCAUACACAUAUAUCAUCAUAUUCUUCGUAUGCCUCCUCUCUCUCUUGUCUCCCCAUCUCACUGAUUCUCUUCGUCUGGCUGUGUUUAAAUAGCUAAACUCUAAAUAUCUGCAGGGAACCUUGAUGCCCAUGGAACACAACAUAGAUCCCACAGUUCAAGUGAAUUGACAUGAAGAACUGGAAAAUCUAGUGGUCGCUCUGGUACAGGAAACUCAGGUUUGGUUUUGUUUCAUAGUAAAGAGUGGUCAUCAGAGGGCAGAGAAGACAUUAACUAUGCCUUCUAACACACUGGACUGUAAGAUACCGUCGGCUCAGACACGACCCACCUCCUCCUCUUCACUCAGGCGGGGCUGCACGGUCCAGCAGCAGCAUCUUGGUGUGAAAAGUGUGCUUGAUCUGAGUCUGGGUUGUUACUGUUCGUCUGCGACUGAAGGUGUUUCUGGAGGAAAAGAAAAAGAGCAAACAAGCUGUAAAAGCAGUCAAGCUCAGCUGCUGUGCUUUUCUGGAUUCAGAGAGAGCUGAUGUCCUCAGAGAUUUGAAAGAUGGCUUCAGAAACCCCAAAUCCAGAGCCUUGCAGCCUCCCUAAUUAUCUGGCUUUGCUCUCUCCUCUCUCACCCAGGGGACAAGGGAAAGCUGCCCAUCACACAGCUCGCUUGAGAGAGUUUCCUGUCUUGUGCACAUUAUCCCUUCAUAUUGAAAUUAUUUUCCCUGUUUAAUCCAGCUCCUGCUGAGAAGCUGUGUGGGAUUUAGGAUGCAGGAUUUUGUCUUGUACUUUCCAAUGGGGUUGCAUCUUUUACUCCUAACCGGAGGAUAUGUUUCAGCUGCUGCUGAUCUGGUCCGGGCAGGUUAGUUUUAAGUAGAGAGGACGCCAGUUUCUGAUGAGGUAUUUUCAGAAUUCUGACCCGAACAAGGGCCCAGAUUCCUCCUCAGAGCCAGGAUGAGAAGAAGAGCAGGUUUGGUUAGGAGGUCUCAGGUUAGGAGAGGCCACCUUGUGUUCACAGUGUUUCCCACACACCCAGGAAGGGGAAAUUGCCUCGCUGGGCGGCAGAUCUGCUGAGGACAGGGGUUCCUCUCCCAGGUUGCCCUGCAUCUUCACUCAGCCCCUUGGAUCAUGCUUCUAGCCAACAGAAGACCACCGACGUGUAGAAGGACAGUUUUCCGUUUGAACUAUGGCAGAGGUUCGAUGAUGUUUGAAUUUUCUGUCUGCCUCCUGCUCAAACCCUACAGA